AUGGUCGGAAUCCAGCUAGAACUGCAGCCUGCUCACGGCUACGUGCCUCUUGUCGUAGUGCUUCUCCACGUUGUGAACACGUGGGCGGGCCAUCAAGUAGGAGUGGCUCGCAAGAAAUUUGGCGUCGACUAUCCGCAGAUGUGUGCGGAGAAAAGCGAAAAGAAUGCCAAGGCGUUUAACUGCGUGCAGCGAGGACAUCAAAACAUCGUGGAGAAUAUCCCCAGUUUCUUGGGCCUGUUUUUCACGUCCGCGUUGUACCGUCCCCAGGUUGCUACCGUUGCGGGUCUCGCGCGUAUCCUCGGUUUUGUCGUGUACAUGCGUGGCUACUCUUCGGGAGAUCCGCAGAAGCGCAUGCAGGGGGCCUUCGGCCACUUCGCUCUCCUCGUCAACGUCUGUCUGAGCGUCGAGGCUGGGCUGCGCAUACUGGGCAUCUUGUAGUUGAAGUGGUCAGCG